UCCAGAGAGUCACGGAACACCACUUAAGAACACCAUGACACAAGAAACAAACAGAAAAUAAGCAAAUUAAGAUGAGAAUUUGACACCUGUUGGCAUUAUAACAAAAAGGAUAUUAUGGAUUUCUUCAUGGACAACACAUUUUUUUUUGCAGUUUCUUCAAGAACAAACCUCCACUGAUAUCUUUUGUACAAAAACAAUAACAAAUAAUCACAGGCAUUACAUGAAAUGGGUGCAGCAGAGGAAGGAUCCGAUAAGCGGGUAAAAAAUGAGGAAUAUACCAAUCCGUUUGAUGAUCCGGUCGAGAAUGAUUCGACUGAUUCAUUGGAGUCUUCAUGGUUUACCCCUAAGAGGUUGCUUGUGUUAUUCUGUGUGAUAAACUUGGUAACGUAUUUGGAUCGUGGAGUGAUCGCGAGUACGGGUGUGAAUGGUGUUCCAGAAACCUGCAAUUCAAAUGGAGAAUGCACACAUGGUACUGGAAUUCAGGGUGAGUUCAAAUUGAAUAAUUUCAAGGAUGGUAUUCUAUCUUCUGCUUUUAUGGUUGGGCUUCUUUUGGCAUCUCCAAUAUUUGCAUCAAUGGCCAAGAGCUUCAACCCCUUUAGGCUCAUUGCAGUUGGGUUGUCAGUUUGGACGUUAUCCGCAAUUGGUUGUGGGAUUUCCAUUGGUUUUUGGACAAUUACAGUUUGUCGAAUGCUAGUUGGUGUUGGGGAAGCUUCUUUCAUAAGUCUCGCGGCUCCAUUUAUUGAUGAAAACGCACCUGUAACUCAGAGAUCAGCAUGGCUGGGAAUAUUUUACAUGUGUAUACCUACUGGAGUUGCCCUUGGUUAUGUUUACGGUGGAUUGGUUGGAGGUGCUUAUGGUUGGCGUUAUGCAUUUUUCGGUGAGGCAAUUUUGAUGUUGCCAUUUGUUAUUAUGGGUUUUUUUAUGAGUCCAUUGCAACUCAAAGGUAUUUCACAUGAUAAAGAUGCCACUUCAAAUAAAUCUUUAGGGUCUAGUCACUUUUCUAGGUUUUGUGAAGAUGUAAAAUCUCUUUUGAAUGAGAAGAUUUAUGUAGUAAAUGUUUUAGGUUAUAUUUCAUACAAUUUUGUCAUAGGGGCUUAUUCAUAUUGGGGACCCAAGGCUGGCUAUAGCAUAUAUCAUAUGACAGACGCUGACUUGUUGUUCGGAGGGAUAACAAUCGUCGGUGGUAUCGUGGGGACAUUAACCGGCGGUUUUGUUCUGGAUUAUAUGAAUUCAACAAUCCCUAAUGCUUUUAAGCUUCUUUCAAUAGCAACAUUUUUUGGGGCAGUAUUUUGCUUUGCUGCCUUUUGUUUCAAGGACAUGUACAUGUUUAUAGUUUUCUUUCUAAUUGGGGAGAUACUGGUUUUCGCCACUCAGGGUCCAGUAAACUUUGUGUCUAUUCAUUCUGUUGACCCGAGCUUGAAACCAUUGGCUAUGGCUAUGUCUACUGUCUCUAUUCAUGUCUUUGGUGAUGUGCCUUCAUCUCCACUUGUUGGUGUUAUGCAGGACAAGCUAAAAAACUGGAGAAAAUCUACUUUGAUCUUGACUUCAGUACUGUUUUUGGCAGCUGGAAUAUGGUCUAUAGGCAUCUUUCUUCCUAGCGUUGAUAGAUAUAACGACGAUAACGAGAACCCAACAGCACCUUCAAAUGAGAACAAGGCGGCCAAAAAAACUGCAGUUUCUCCCGAGCCAUGAACAUGGUAACUUCAUCAACGCGUUUU